UGCAGAAGUGUGAAUGGCCUGCGCUGGGCUCUGCGAGUGGCCAGGAGAGUGCUCAUGGGUGGGGGAUUUGUAAUUCAUUAAUCAGCACGAGGCACCGGACCAGUUUCAACACCAGAGGCUUCAGGGGUGACUCAGCGGGACCGUUCGGAGUCAAGGCGAUGGACAGACCAAGAGUCCCCACUUGUGAAAUGCUUCCCCAUGAAGCCAUUUGGCUUUCUCCUGCCUUUGGGGUUUGGGUUGUGGGUUUUUUCCGGUGCUGGGGUAGGGGUGGUUUGGCUGUGGUGUGCUCUCCCUCCUUCCUUCCCUUAGGCCUGGGUUGGGGCUUGCCAGGCGGGAUCUCUAGGGGACGCAUAAGCCUGGACCCUCCCUGGAGGGUCUCCCUUCCUCCCCAUACAGAGGGCUGCCAAGGAGCGCGCAGAGGAAACAGCUCUCAUCUGGGGGCGUGUAGACAUCCCCACUCUGUGACUUUUCUUGGGGGACGGUCAUUUGGUCUCCAAGGCUUGAGUGCUCUAGAAGCAGAUCGCCAAUUAAAUCACUUGGCAUUUCCCGAGCCCCUGCUGGAUGCCAGGUCCUGUGAAGGAGAGAGAGACAAGGAAAACCCACCCUGCCUUCAAGAAUUUCAGUCUUGUGACAAGGGACACUCAAACUGAGAUCAGAGGAUGGUGUGGUGCUAAAUGAAUGAAUUACUGGGCUCUGAGGAUUCUACGAUUUCAAACCUAGCCAGUUGAGUGAGAAGUGGUGGUUGAACGGGAGAAAUUUCCAGACAGGAGGCCACCUCUACUGUGGGGUAUGGAGAAGACUGUAAGAAUGUGAGGUCUGAAAGGAUCUUGAGAGAGCAUCUCAUCCAACCCCCUCAUUUUAUCAAGGAGGAAACAGGCCCAGAGAAGGGUGUCGGCUUGCUUGAGGCUGUCUGUAGCAGGGCUGGAGUCGCAAGUUCCUUGUCCCUGCUGUGCGUCCUCCCUUCUGGACCUGAAAGGCCUCUGGGUUAUGCCAACCACAAGCCUGGAGAAGCUGCUUGGUCUCUGAUUGGAGAGCUCCCUUCCGGCCCCACAGCCUGGGGGAAGCAGGCCUGCCAAUUCCAGCUCCUCUCCAGAGCUGUGGCUAGGAAGCUCUGGCAUCCACCUCCUGUUCCAGCUGGGCUGCCCAGGCAGUGGCUGUGGGGAAGCAGUGGAGAAGCCGUGAAGGCUCUGCUGAUUUUCACUGGAAUAAAAAGAGAGGGGGCGAGAUCCAGAGAGAAGGAGGAAAGUAAGGAAGAGAAUAACGAAUGCUAGGUUUGUUGGAGCGGGGGGUUUUUUGGACAGAACGUUGGGGGACGACUAUUGUCCACGGAAGGGUUGGACUGUGGGCAGAGGUUGGAAGUUUUGUUUCUUUCAUCACAGCACCGUGCUGUGCUACAAGGGAACCAGAGGCAACUCAGCUUCACUUGGCUCACACAUCUAUCCGCUGAAUGCAUACUUACUGAUCACCUGCUGAGGGCCAGGCCCUGUGGGAGGUAGAGGGAUACAGUAACAAAACCGACUAGGUCCCUGCCCUCAUGGGACCGACAUACUAGGGGCAUUAAAGAAGUAGACACAGAUGAAAUAACAUCGAGUGGUGAUAAGUGUUGUGGACAACCUAGAGCAAGGGCUUAGCUACACAAUGGGGGGCGGGGGGGCGCAGAGAAGGCUUAUCUGAGGAGGGGCAACUGAAGCUGAGCCCUAGGAAGAGAAGGCACCAGCACGUAAGAAGGGGGAAGAGCAUUCCAAGUGCUGGGAACAGCUUGUGUGAAGAUCCCAAGAUAGAAAAGGAUGUGGUUGGUUCAGGGAACUGAUGGGGCCAGUGCAGCUGCACAGGAAGGCCAGAGACAGAUGGAGAGAUAGGUGGGGCCAGACCCUUCCUGCAGGUUUGGGGUUAGGGAUUUAUUUAUUAUUAUUAUUUUUAAAAACUUAUUUAUUUGGUUGCAUUGGCUCUUUAUUGGUGCACAUGGGCCUUCUCUAGUUGCAGUGCGUGGGCUUCUCAUUGCGGUGGCUUCUGUUGCGGAGCACGGGCUCUAGGUGCGUGGGCUUCAGUAGUUGCAGCACGUGGGCUCAGUAGUUGUGGUUCACGGGCUCUAGAGCACAGGCUCAGUAGUCGCAGCGCAUGGGCUCAGUUGCUCCAUAGCAUGUGGGAUCUUCCUGGACCAGGGCUCGAACCUGUGUUGCCUGCAUUGGCAGGUGGAUUCUUAACCACUGUGCCAUCAGGGAAGUCCCAGGGUAAGGGAUUUAGAUUUUUUUUUUUACUUGGCCAUGACUUGAGGCUUGUGGGAUCUUAGUUCCCCAACCAGGGAUUGAAUCUGCACCCUAUGAAGUGAAAGCUCAGAGUCCCAACUACUGAACCACCAGAGAAUUCCCAAGUGGUUAGGUUUGAUGGCAAGUGCAGUAGUUGGGAACCACUGCAGGGUCCAAACCACGGAGAGGUGUGACACAACUGACAUUUUAGGAAGGUCACUUUGGUGCUGUAUGGAGAGUGGACUGGAGGAUGCAGGGAACCAUUCAGAAAACUCCCACAGUCAUUCUGGUGAGAGAUGAUGGUGGCCUGAGCUAGCUUGAUGGCCGUGGACAUGGGAGAGGAGGACCAAGUUGCCACCUGCUUGGGAGGCAGCGCUGUCAGGGCUUGCUGAAGGACUGUGGUAUAUAGGGUGUGGGAGAGGAUGGGGUCAUGGAUGACUCCCAGUUCACUGACCUAAAUGCCUGGAUAGAUGUGGUACCAUUUACACCGACCCCCCUAAAGGCAAGAAUAACCUCCCCCAGUGCUCUAGGGAAACCUGGUGAGGGAGGAAAACUGAGGGUAAGGUGAAGAUGAAACAAAGUGGGGUCCAGAAUUGCAGGCCAGGAGCAGGAGGGCAAGGGGCCCACAGACAAAUGUGGCUUCCUUACUGGGGACAGUACCAGAGGGGCAAGGCCAGGUGGGCCCUAAAGGAAUGCAGGGAUGCCCAGGGCCCUUCAAGCAUACUGGGUGCUGCAGGGAGCUAGAGGUCAGGGAGCCCCUCCAGGACUUCCCUUCCACUUCACAAACCUGAGGACCCAGCCCCACGACAAGGGGAAGACCUGCCCCGCUGAUGCAGCCUCUGCUUUGGCACAGUUCCCUGGUCUUUUUCAAGCGGCUACACACUCAUCAGUCUACCCUCAGAAAACGUUUCCAGCGCUUCCCAUCAGUGACCCUCAUCAUUUGGCAGCCCCCACCCCGCCUCUCACAGACCCACUUCCCUCCCAAGGGAGCAAAGCUCCAUGCACCAAUGAAUCUUUAUUUUCGCCUCCCCUGCCAGCCACAUCCUUCUACCCCUUUCCGUCCGGAGAGUCUUCUGUUCUUCAGGCUCUACGAAGGAUCCUCGAAGCCACAGCGAACAGGCACUUCCCCACCCUGGGAUCCUGCCGCAAGGUGCUUUAAUCUCUUCUCAGAGCUGGUGGUUGCUGCUUCCGUCCGUGUCCCCGGCCCGGAUUGGGUGCGACGGUCUGGCUUCGACCCCCGUACCCCCGACAGACGCCCAGGAAAUCCAUACUAAAUUAGCGACUCAAGCGCGUUGGCCCGCACACCUCCGGAUUCCUAGCCCAGCGCUCGCUCCCCCCCACACCUGCUGAGCCCCUCGCGGUAGGGCGCGCAGCCGCGGUGGGCCCGGCUGAGGGCCCCGGCUCCCCGCGGGACGCAGAAGGGCCGAGGGUGGACCUGGACCGCAAGGAGAAGCCAGCUAGGCAGGCGCCCGGCGGCCCGGGUCACGUGACCAGGACCCGCCCCCGGCACGGACUCCGUCACGUGACGGCGCAGCCGGCGAUAGCGUUUUUCUCACGUGACUGAGGUGCCGGCGUGUGGGCCAAUGAGGAGGCGGGGGCGGGGCUGCCGGGGACGGCGCGCGGGAAGGGAACCCGCGGCCUCCACCGCGACAGGGGAGACCCGGAGGGGCCAGCGAGUCGGGGUCCAGACCGGGGUCCGGCGCCGGUCACGGCCCGGUCGCGAGGAGAAGCAUGAAGUGUCUGGUCGCCGGCAGCAACGUGAAAGUGCUCGGCAAGGCCGUCCACUCCCUGUCCCGUAUUGGGGACGAACUCUACCUGGAGCCCCUGGAAGACGGGCUUUCCCUCCGGACUGUGAACUCCUCCCGCUCCGCCUACGCCUGCUUCCUCUUUGCCCGGCUCUUCUUCCAGCAGUACCAGGCGGCCACCCCUGGUCAGCACCCGCUGCGCUGUAAGAUCCUGAUGAAGUCGUUCCUGUCUGUCUUCCGCUCGCUGGCGAUGCUGGAGAAGACCGUGGAGAGAUGCUGCAUCUCCCUGAAUGGCAGGAGCAGCCGCCUGGUAGUUCAGCUGCACUGCAAAUAUGGGGUGAGGAAGACUCACAACCUGUCCUUCCAGGACUGCGAGUCCCUGCAGGCCGUCUUCGAUCCAGGCUUGUGCCCCAAUGUGCUCCGUGCCCCAGCAAGGGUCCUGGGGGAGGCUGUUCUGCCCUUCCCCCCUGCGCUGGCCGAAGUGACGUUGGGGAUUGGCCGAGGCCGCAGAGUCAUUCUGCGUAGCUACCAGGAGGAGGAGGCAGGUGAGGGAGCCAGAUGUGGCCUGGGGCGGGGAGCCAGAGAUGGGCUGGGAGGGGGUGGGGCCCAGGUUCCUCCUGUUGCUGCCCCUACAGACAGCACCACCAAAGCCAUGGUGACUGAGAUGAGCAUCGGGGAGGAGGAUUUCCAGCAGCUGCAGGCCCAAGAAGGGGUGGCCGUCACUUUCUGCCUCAAGGAAUUCCGGGGGCUUCUGAGCUUCGCUGAGUCAGCGAACUUGCCUCUCAGCGUUUACUUUGAUGCCCCAGGCAGGCCAGCCAUCUUUGCCAUUGAGGACUCUCUGCUGGAUGGCCACUUUGUCCUGGCCACACUCUCAGAGUCAGCCCUGCACCCCCAGGACCCGCAUGCCCUGGAGCUUCAGCGGCUGCAGCCAGCGCCUCCACUUCAGGCUCACAGCACACCCCACCUGGACGACGACUUUGCCGUUGACGACAUUGACUCUUAUAUGAUCGCCAUGGAAACCACCGUGAGCAGUGAGGGCUCAAGGGUGCUGCCCUCCACCUCCCUUUCACUUGGCCUCCAGCCCCCCAGCAGCCCUGGCCCCUACUCAGAGGAGGAAGAUGACGCCGAGCCCAGCACAGUGCCUGGGACUCCCCCACCCAAGAAGUUCCGCUCGCUGUUCUUUGGCUCCAUCCUGGCCCCUGCACACUCUCCCCAGGGCCCCAGCCCUGUGCUGGCUGAAGACAGUGAGGGUGAAGGCUGAGCUGGGAAGUCUGUGUUAUGAGGACUGGACCAGAGGAAGGCCCGGCCUCCCCAUCUCCCAGCACCAGCCGGGACCAGGGCCAGCUCUCCUCCUUGGUGGGUGGUCAAGGUGGGCUGUGCUGGAGCUGAGCUGGCUGGUCCUGCUGCCUCCCCCAAGCCCUGUCUGGCUCUCCAUGACUGGCCUGGGUCCUGUCGUCUCCUUUCAGCCCCCAAUCAUGUAUGUUCCCAGGGAGGUCCCUCACCUCCUAAUCCAACCGUGUGGGCAGGGCUGAGGGCCUGCCUUCUCUAAGCCCACCUCCCUAAGAAAAAAAAUCAUAGUGGGGCUGCUGGCCCCUGCUGAUCUACCUUACUUGCCAAUCAUGACCUGUCCCUCAAAUCCUGGGCACACCUCUGGGAUCCCCCGUGGCUGGCACACAGUGCUUUGCUCGCUCUCCUCAAAUUCUCUGGCCCUGGCUUGGAAAUUCCAAGGGCCCCUGUGGGCCUGAGCAUGUGGCUGGGGUUUCCCUGGCUGGGGCCCCUUCCCAGCAAGCCUCCCAAGUGGCUCUGGGCAGAAGGGUUGCCAGGCCCAGUGUUUGGGACAAUGGAGACAGAGGCCAUGGAGAGAAUCCAGCU